AUGAACACUUAUGAAGAAUAUGGUGAAGAGGAGCUCAGUGACUACAUCAUCCAGCUCAGUAUCCAUGACUCCUGUCAAGAUGCCUUUCUGAAAUCUGCAGCAAGUUUAGAAGCAGCGACGGAUGAAAAUUUGAGAGUCCUGGCAGCCAUUGAGCAAGGUGAGGUCCUGAUGCUCAGGGGGAUGCUGAGGCACACCUUCGCCUUCAGGGAGUCGGACAGUCGUGGCUGGCUUCCCCUCCAUCGGGCCGCGUCCCAGCCGGUCCUGGAGGUUCUGCAGACCGUCUUGAGAUUGGCGGCUCAGGGGCUCAGCCUGGAGGAGAGGACGGCCGCCGGAGGUGAGACGCCGCUGACGCUGGCUGUGAAAGCCGGACUGGCACAGAACGUGAAGAGCCUGCUGGAGCACGGCGCCUCGCCGCACAACACCAACGGCUGCAACGAGUCGCCGCUGCUGCUGGCGGCGAAGGCCGGCUCUUAUGAGAUGACGUCCAUGCUGCUGGCUCACAACGCCUGGGUGGAUCAGGUCUGCCAGAAGAAGAGGACGGCGAUGCACGAGGCGGCCAAGGUCGGCGACGUGGACGUCCUGAUGCUGCUCCUGAGGAACGGCGGGCGGGUCAACCAGAGGGACAUGUCGGGGGUGACGCCGCUCGCCGUGGCUGCAGAGCUCGGGCACUUCCACGUCGCUGAGAUUCUGCUGAACUUUGGUAGCAGAGUGAACUCCCAGGCCUGUAAUGGAGAAAGUGUCCUGCUGGACGCGGCCGGAUCAGGAAACACCGCCUGCAUCCAGCUGCUUCUGGACAAUGGAGCCGACCCCAACCUGCCCAGCGCCACCGGACACCUGCCCAUCCACAAGGCGGCGUACGCCGGACACUAUGAUGUCUUGAAGAUGCUGAUACCUUUGUCCACCAAGAAGGCCAUCAAAGAGGCGGGUCAGAGCCCGGUCCACUCGGCGGCAGAGGGAGGCCAGAGCGGCUGCCUGAAGCUCCUGUUGGCCUGCGGCUUCGACGUCAACUAUCGCAUGAACACCAGAAACUCUGAAAACUACCGGGACAUGAGGAGGAGCGCCUUGUACUUCGCCGUCUCCAACGGGGACGUGGAAUGCACCAAGAUCCUUCUGGCGGCCGGGGCCAAGACAGACCUGGACCCGCUGCGCUGCCUCCUGGUGGCCGUCAGGUCGGGGCACUACGAGAUCGUGAAGCUGCUGCUGGCAGCUGAGGCGGACGUGAACUGUUUGUUCACAGUGGUGAGCGACACGGUGUUUCCCACGGCGCUGCAGUACUGCCUGAAGGACGAGGUGAUGAUGAGGCUGCUGCUCAACAACGGCUACAAGGUGGAGAGGUGCUUUCACUGUCACCACGACGACGCCUCUGAUGCUCCGAAUGAGGUGGAGGGGAAAAUACCAUUCUGUGAGUUCAUGAGCCUCUGCUGCAUCAUGCAUCUGUCCGGGAGCGUGUUCCGGACUCUGCUGGACUACGUCGGCCACAUCCAAAUCUGCUCCAAACUCAGACUGCUCCUGGAGAAACAGAGAGAGUGGCCCGAGAUAUGUGACAUCUUCAACAGUCCUCGCUCCCUCAGGCACCUCUGCAGACUGGAUAUCAGGAGGCGUUUGACCCUGAAGAGACUCAACAACCCCGAAAUCAUGAACUCGGACGUUUUCCCUCCCAGACUGAAGAGCUUCCUGCUGUACCAGGAGCUCGACCUCUACAGCCAAGACCCUGAACGCACCAUAUGA